CCCCAGCCUGAAGGAUGCUGGGCGGAGCCAGACUAGCUGCUCAACAGGUCAGCUGGCUGCUAGGGGUUGCUUAGUGCUUCUGCAGGGACAAGACAGAGACUGGCAUGGAGCAGGGGAAGCAGCUGGCUGGCCUCAUGCUGGCCGUCACUCUUCUUCAAGGUACUCUGGCCCAGUCAAAACAAGAAAUUCCUGUGGUAAGAGUAAACAGCGAUCGAGAAGAUGGUUUGGUACUUCUGACUUGUGAGUCACCAGACAAAGAUGUCACAUGGUUUAAAGAUGGGAAGGAAAUGCAGCCCCACAAAAAGAAUAAAAAUAUACAGAAUCUGGGAAGCAGUAUCAAGGACCCUCGAGGGAUAUAUUGGUGUCAAGGAUCCGAGAACCGCUCAAGAACACUCCAACUGUAUUUCAGAAUGUGUCAGAACUGCAUUGAACUAAGCGGAGCCACCGUAUCCGGCUUUGUCUUCGCUGAGAUCAUCAGCAUUUUAUUCCUUGCUGUUGGGGUCUACUUCAUUGCUGGACAGGAUGGAGUUCGCCAGUCAAGAGCUUCGGACAAGCAGACUCUGUUGUCCAAUGACCAGCUCUACCAGCCCCUCAAGGAUCGGGAAAAUGACCAUUACAGCCACCUUCAAGGAAAACAAUUGAGGAAAAAUUGAACUCAGGACUCAAAGUAGAUAUUUCAAAUGUCUCCUCCAGGGCAAAAUCACCUUUUGUUAAGAACCACUGACCUCUAUUAACUUUCAAUCAACCAAUCAAUCAAUCAGAAGUUCUGAUCCAAUCAAGCAGGAAAAGUGUCUAUCAGGAAAACAAGACCCAAGCAUUAUUUGGUUUUCUGAACCCACCCCAAUUUUUCUUUUUUCAAUCCAGGUGUCCUCCCUUCUGGAUAGGUCUCAGGAACAUAGCAAUACGUUUUGGAGCACUCCUAGCUGAGAGAAUCUCAGCCCUAAAUCUAGAUUCAAGUUUCCCAAAGGCGACAAAUGGAGAAGAAAGGCCAUCAGAACAAAUUUGGAUUUUUCUCAAAAUCAAACCAAAUUAAAGGAAAAUAAUAUGUAUGGUGUUGCAGGAGCGCCACCUAUUGGAAGGUAGUUUUUCUGUAAAAGAAGAUUGAAAAGAUCUAACAACCCCCUCUAUUUGAAUAUUAUUUUUUAAAGUUUUAAUUUUUGUUUACUUUUUGUAUGUGUCAUAAUUUACUUGGUUUAAAUAUGCAAUGAAAGGUCUCCCUCCACCUCCAUCCCCAGCCAUUCAGCUGUCCUCCCCAGAGACAAAACAACAUACUAGUUUCAUAUAAGGUGUUAUAAAUCAGAGUAUUCUAGGCAUACACAAGCAAAC